AUGUCAAUCACAGUGAAGCCCAUGUUAGAGCAUGGGUGUUUGGUUGCCGUGAUCAAGCGAUGUAGGUCACUUAGGGAGUUGAAGACCAUCCAUGGCCACAUGGUACGAAAUGGUCUGACCCAAGACUUCUUCCUAACGAGCAAGCUGAUCGAGUCCUCAGCCAUCUCACUUACAGGACACGUAGACUACGCCCACCGCAUCUUCUACUGGACCCACCAUCCCAAUCUCUUCAUGUGGAACACAAUCAUCAGAGGCUACUCACUCAGCGACUCAUCUGCCACGGCCAUCUCCCUCUACAGGGACAUGCACGCAUCUGGCCUUUAUGCGAAUAGCUUCACCGUUGGGUUUGUUCUCAAAGCCUGUUGUCGGUUACUAAGAUUAGAUGAAGGGAAGGAGAUCCAUUCUCAAGUUAUAAAGAUGGGUUUGGACUCUGAAACUCCUGUGACCAACGGCUUAAUGAGAUUAUACGUAAGUUGUGGGUCUACGGACUCUGCACGCAUCUUGUUCGAUGAAAUGGACGACCGAGACGCAGGUUCUUGGAAUGUGAUGAUUUCUGGGUACGCUCAAAAUGGUGGCCCACGUGAGGCACUGGCUUUGUUCAGGGAAAUGCAGCUUGAAAAUGUGGAGAUUGAUGGGUUCACCUUGGCUAGCGUUGUGGGUGCUUGUGGACACUUGGGGGCUCUAGAUUUGGGGAAAUGGGUGCACUCUUAUAUUGAUAGAAAGGGUGUCAAAGUUGACGUUGUUCUGGGUACCUCACUCGUAGACAUGUAUGCCAAGUGUGGUAGCUUGGAUGAUGCACAUCGGGUGUUUCAAAAAAUGAGUGAGAGGGAUGUCAUGGCAUGGUCUACCAUGAUUGGAGCGUUUGCAAUACACGGUCAUGGCGAGAAAGCUUUAGAAGUGUUUGCAGGCAUGAAAAGAGCUAGGGUGAUACCUAACUGUGUUACCUUCACUAGUGUCUUAUGUGCAUGUAGCCACUCUGGGUUGGUUGAGGAAGGUUUUCAGAACUUCAACAGCAUGUGCUCUGAGUAUGGGAUUGCUCCGCAAAUUGAGCAUUAUGGUUGCAUGGUUGAUCUAUUUUGUCGAGCGGGGCUUAUAAGCCAGGCCCAUGCGUUAAUCAAGAACAUGCCUAUUGAACCUAACGUCGUGCUAUGGCGGACUUUACUUGGUGCUUGUAAGACCCAUGGUUAUAAAGAAUUAGGGGAGCACAUAAGCAAGGAGAUACUUCGGCUGGAGCCUCACAGCGGCCAGAACUAUGUGCUUGUGUCUAAUGUGUAUGCUUCCUUGGGUAAAUGGUCUGAUGUAGGCAAGAUUAGGAGAUUAAUGAAGCGUAAACAAGCAAGAAAAGAGCAUGGUUGGAGCUCUAUAGAGGUGAACUUCACUGUGCACGAGUUUGUGAUGGGAGAUGAUUCGCAUCCUGAAACAGAGGAGAUCUAUGAGAUGUUAGAUCAGAUGGGUAGGAGGCUGAAGCAGGAGGGAUAUGCAUCAACCACAAACGAUGUUUUGCAUGAUAUAGAUGAAGAGGAGAAAGAGCACGCAUUGGGUCUUCACAGUGAGAGGCUGGCAAUAGCUUAUGGACUGCUUCGAACGCCUGAGGGGUCUCCUAUUCGAAUAGUGAAAAACCUUCGAGUUUGUAGAGAUUGCCAUUCGGUCACAAAGUUGAUAUCUGGUAUCUACAAGAGGGAUAUAACCAUAAGAGAUCGAAUUCGUUUUCAUCAUUUUAGAGGAGGCAAGUGUUCUUGCAAUGACUAUUGUCCUAACCAUUUUGUGAGAACCAUCUGCAUUGCCUUUGUUCAUGUCCUGGGAAUUGGAUACAGAUAUUCCAAGCUUAAACCAAUGCUGAAGAUAAAGAGAGGUGAGAGAAUCAAAGUACACUACCGGGGCAAACUCACAGAUGGAACUGUCUUUGAUUCCAGUUUUGAAAGAGGUGACCGAAUUGAGUUUGAGCUUUGGCAGUGGACAUUGGACAAGUUAUUAAACAAAGGGCUUUUGGGAAUGUGUGUGGGGGAGAAGCGGAAGUUUAAAAUAAUUGCAAAACUUGGUUAUGGGGCUCAUGGAUCCCCGCCUACCAUCUCAGGUGGAGCAACACUGAUUUUUGAUAAAACAACAGGUGGAAAAAACGAGUUAUAG